AUGACCUCCGCCGUCGCCCUGUACCAACAUCUCCGUCUGCCGGUGCCCUGGCAGCCCGCGACCUCCCCGCUGCCCCUGGUCAUCUACGGUGGUGCCUCCGCCGUUGGCGCCUACGCUAUCCAGCUCGCCCGCCGCAGCAACAUCCACCCCAUCAUCGCUGUCGCCGGCCGCGGUAUCCCCUUCGUCGAGGGGCUGCUUGACCGCAGCAAGGGUGAUUCCGUGAUCGACUACCGCCAGGGUGAUGAUGCCGUGAUCUCUGGUAUCCGGGCGGCACUGGCGGCUGUCGGGCAAGAUGAGGUGAAGGUUGCGUGCAUGGCACGCCGGAGGACCAGGACUUCGGGCAUGUGUUUUUCCGGCUGA